UCGUCAGGCAUGGAGGAUGACCACAUCUUCCAUAUGACUGGGUCGGGUGCAGAUCAGGACCCAAAGGGGGUGUUCACCAUCAACAGGCUGACUGGAGAGGUGUCUGUUAGCCAAGAGCUGGACAGAGAGGCCAUCAAUUCCUACAUGCUGGAGGUGUCUGUGACAGACCUGAAUGGGAAGCUGGUGGAGGGUCCUGUAACCCUGCUUGUGGAUGUCAAUGACCAGAAUGACAACAGGCCCAUCUUCAAGGAGACCCGCUACGCUGGGGAGGUGCUGGAGGGUUCACCUACAGGAACCGUAGUGAUGACGAUGACAGCGGAGGAUGCUGAUGACCCCAGGUUGCAGAACGCGGUGCUGCGCUACAACAUUGUGAGGCAGUCGCCCGACAAACCCUCACCCAACAUGUUCUACAUCAACCCAGAGAGCGGCAACAUUGUCACUGUCAUCUCCCCCACGCUGCUGGACAGAGAGGUGGGUGUGCUUUGAUUGAUCUGAUGGGCC